AUGGACGUGGAUGAGAUUUACCGCGACGAGGCGUCGACGGUGAGCAUCCAGCAGCUGCGGGGGCGUCCGUCGCUGCGGCUGGCGCCCCUCCCUCCCGCGCCGCCGCCUCCCACGCCGCUGAGAUGCCGCGACGCCAACGCGGCGGGGAAUGCGAAGCGGACUCGCUGCCUGCGCGGCCGCCGGGGGGUGGUGGGCGCAGUGCGUACGGCGCCGACGUCGCCGGUGCAGCCGCGACCGCGAGCGGCGCCCCCGCGGAGGCCGCUGACGCCAACCGUCGCCGCGGCCGCCCCGCCGGAGUUAAACGACGAGGAUGAUGUUGACUGCGUCUGGAGUUUCGCGCCGGUUGUGGGCGGUGCCACCGCGACGGGAGCGGAGGAAGCGGAGGCGGAGAGUUUGGACCCGAGCAGCCGCUGGGUCUCGUUCUCGUUCGCCAGCGCACUCACCUCGCGGCGGCAGUCGGAGAGCCGCCCGGCGUCGCCGUCGCCGCGGCCGCGGCCGGCCAUCCUGCCGUCGAAUUUCCCCAACCUCCGUCUCUCCGAGGAGGCGUGCGCGGAGGAGGAGGGCGGCGCCAGCACCGCCACUGGCCUCCGCGCCUCAACGCCGACGACAUCGCCACUACUACCACCACCGCCGCCGUCGUCGUCGUCGUCGUCGUCGUCCGGGCGGCCGUGGGUUGUCCUGCACGACGCCCCUGCUGCGGGAGCCGUGGCUGCGGAGGAGCGGGAGGGGCUUGUUGCAGGGGGCAGAAGGAGCCUGCUGCUGGCCGCAGCCCCCAUCCCCCACGCGGUAGAGGCCGCUCCCGUGGCUGCUGCAGGCGCUCGCCAGGGUCAGGGGCCGCCAGCGAUGCAUUCGGGCCGCGGGAAACGCGAGCGAUCGGCCCCACCCUCGCCAUCGACGACGUCCUUUAUUCUCUGCGGCAGGGGCUCUUCCUGCAGCGCUACGGCUUGGACUCGCACGGGGGCGCCGGCGACGCGGGAGGACGAUGUGGCGGCUGCGGCGAAGCGCUCCAAGACGGAGGCGCCUCCGCCGUGGCCCGCGACCCUCGCGGAGGCGAUAGGGCGCGAGGGGGACGCCGCGUCCGCCGUCACGGUGCGGCCGUCCGUCCCCAGCGCCGACGGUGUGGCGUCGAUGGUGCUUGUGGACGGUCCCACCCCAACCCCGUGGCGCAGGCGCUUUGCUCCUACCCCCACUCCUCCUCCUGCUGCUGCUGCUGCUGCUGCCGCUGCCGCCGAAAGCGAAUCCCGCGUUUCGAUGGUGUUCGACGUCCGCUGCAGCGACGCCGCCGUGGCGCCUGUGACUCUCUUUGGCGAGGCAACCUCCGCUGGCGACGGCGACGACGCCGGGAAAUCGCAGGGAGGCGGAAGGGCCGGAAGUGGCGAGGCCGACGGUGCCACUUCGCGCGAGCGCAAUUCCCGCAACGCGACGGCCACGGCGGCAGGCGACUGCUGUGGCGCGAGUGACGCGAGUUUGGUGGUGCCGACGUCCUGCGCACGCCCAAGUGAGGAGUUGAGGGCGUUGAUUGAGUCCGCGCGGGAGGAGGUGCGGCGGGCGAGCGAGCGGAUUGUCGCCGCCCUCCACGCUCACCGCUGCGCCUCCUGCGAGAAGCGCGGCGGCAGCACUGGCGGCGAGGACGGCAACUGGGUCCCUGAGUCGCCGCGACUGACCACUGGUCGAUCCUCGCCACGCCCAAGCGGCGACGGCGCCGGCAGCAGCUUGUGGAGGCCGACGGAGGGCGUCGAGCUGCGACGCGAACUGGCAGCGCAUGCGGGUUGUAUUCUGCGCCGGCUGCGCGGCCACGAUCACGCCGAUGCGGGCAUCCUCCCAAUGGCCAUCGUGGCCCGUGUGGUGCGGCAGGUGCUGUUUAACGACCCCGCUGCGGACACCACGCCGGCGCGCUGCAGCGCGGGGUCGGCCAAUCUUUCGUGGGGUCUUGCCUCGCCCUCCCCGGUGUAUUGUGUCGCGCCGGCGGUGCAGCAGGAGGCGCGUGCCGCGGAGGAGGCUGCAAUGGAGUUUUGCAUGGGCCUCUGGCGCUGCUUCCGUGAGCGCUUCGGGGCGUGCCACGCGGCGACCCGCUUUGGCAUCGUGGGAAACGCGGACGCCGAUGGAGAGCGCGGCGGCGGCGGCAGCAGCAGCACAAGCCCCACGCAUGCGUUUGCGACAUGCUUUCCGCGGGUGCGACUGCAGCUGAGCCCACUGGGGCAUCUGCCGCCCCCGCCGCCGCGGCUAGACACCCGCAUUGACUACAGUGCGUUUGCCGCCAGCCUCGUCGAGUUGAACUAG